GCCAAAAAUUACUCUAAAAACCUGAAUUAUUUCCUUCCUGUACAUUAUAUGAGCAUUUAGUUGUCCUGAAUUUAUUGAAGCUACUACUCCGUUUGAUCAAUACUGGAAACCAGGCAUGUCACUUGAUGAUGUGACAGUGACAUGACAGUUCACUUGCUCAUCUAUCUCCCUUCACUUCAGAUUGAGAUGCCACUGCCAGCAUGUCACUGCUAGAGGAACACUAUUUCAUUGGUGUAGACGUUGGAAGUGGAAGUGUACGGGCUGCACUGGUCACAUCAGGAGGCCAUGUAAAAAACGUGUCUUCACACCCACUUCAAAUAUGGAACCCAAGACCAAAGUUUUAUGAGCAAUCCUCGGACAAUGUAUGGAAUGCAUGCUGUAUGGUGGUGCAGACUGUCACUCAAGAUGUUGACAAGGACCUUGUAAAAGGCAUAGGCUUUGAUGCCACUUGUUCAUUAGUGGUUCUGGACAAGGAUUUUAAGCCCACAACAGUUAGUCUCACAGGUAAUGAUGAACAGAAUGUGAUAAUGUGGAUGGACCACAGAGCACAGGAUCAAGCUGAUAGAAUCAAUGCUACAAAACAUGAUGUACUAAAGUAUGUUGGCGGGAAAGUGUCUCUUGAGAUGGACAUGCCCAAAAUACUCUGGCUCAAAGAGAGUAUGAAGAGCCGAUGUUGGGAUGUAGCCAGUCAUUUCUUGACUUUGUCCGACUUCAUGACAUGGAAGGCAACAGGUUCUCUUUCAAGGUCAUUGUGUGCACUCACUUGCAAAUUCAAUUAUCAAUCAAGUCCUGGAAAAACUGGCUGGAAUAAAGACUAUCUUAGGCGAAUUGGCUUGGAGGAGCUGAUUCAGGACAAUUUUUCAAAAAUUGGUAACACAGUGUUGUCAUCAGGUCAACCAUGUGGGUCUGGUCUCUCCCAAAAAGCUGCCCAAGAAUUAGGUCUCAAUCCGGGAACCUGCGUUGGGGCAGGCAUCCUUGAUGCACAUGCUGGGGCAAUAGGUUGCCUUGGUUGUAAUGUUCCUGACCUUGAUAUACCCUUGACCUCCAAACUUGCCAUGACCUGUGGCACAUCCACUUGCCAUAUGAUUUUGAGCAAAGAAAUGCGGUUUGUGCAAGGUGUUUGGGGACCCUUGUACGGUGCUGUAGCUCCAGGCCUUUGGUUGCAUGAAGCUGGCCAGAGUGCUGCUGGAAAACUGAUUGACCAUGUUAUUGAGAUGCAUCCUGCAUACACCGACCUGAAAGAAAGAGCCAAGUCAAGGGGCGCCCAUAUUCAUUCUGAAUUGAAUGAGAUUUUAGAGAAGCUUUCCCAAAAACAAGGCCUAUCAAACAGGGGACAACUCACAGCUGACCUCCAUAUGUGGCCUGAUUUCCAUGGGAACAGGAGUCCAGUUGCCGACUCCAGCCUCAAGGGAAUGCUCUGUGGCUUAACCCUCAAUGCCACGAAAGAAAGUCUUGCCUUAAUCUAUCUUGCCACAGUUCAAGCUUUAGCAUAUGGUACGCGACAUAUCCUAGAUGUGAUGAAGACAUCUGGUUACGAAGAUAUCCAAGCUGUCUGUGCCUGUGGAGGACUCAGCAAGAACUCGCUAUAUAUCAGGAUGCACGCUGAUAUCGUUGGUCUUCCGUUCAUUCUUCCCCAAGAGUCUGAGUCAGUUCUCCUUGGAUCCGCUAUCUUAGGUGCUAUUGCUGCCUCGCACAUUCCAACCAUUGAGGAUGCCAUGAAAUCGAUGUGUGGGAAUGGUGAGAUGGUGAAACCAGAUAUGACAGUCCAGGAGUUCCACAACAAGAAAUACAAGGUGUUCCUGAAGAUGUUGUCUGAUCAACAGUCGUAUCAACAAAUUAUGGAGUGAUGGUGCUGUGAAACUUGUUUGGACAUUUAACUCUAUUUGUGCUAUAAUUCACUAGUCGAUGGUGCUGUCUGAGCAUCGGGUAUGUCAAUAAUGUGGAGUGGUGAUGAAAUGAAACAGUGUGUUGUGCUUGCCUUGAAACAAUAAGACAGGAAGAUUAACCUGAUGACGUCAACCAGGGGAAAGAUUCUCCUGGUUCUUGUUUUCGUAUCAAACUCUGAACCUUUCUAAUGUCUGCUGAGGUGGAUGAUCAAGUAUUAUCCUGCAUACACACAUUGGGUUGGCUAUGUAUUCAAAUUAAAAUCUGAAUAAAAUGAGGAUAUUCAGAAGACGCAU